AGAGGUAAGUGGGAAUAAACUUAUCCUGUGAGAUCUGCAGACAUGUCUGGAAAGCCAGUUUGUGUUGCUGAUUUUGAACAUUAUGCUAAAACAUUUCUCCCCAAAUCAGUUUAUGAUUAUUACCGAUCUGGAGCAGAUGACCAAGAAACAUUAGCAGAUAAUGUAGCAGCAUUUUCAAGAUGGAAGCUGUACCCCCGGAUGCUCAGGGACGUGUCUGUAAUGGACCUGUCAACCUCAGUCUUGGGGCAGAAGAUCAGCAUGCCUGUCUGCGUUGCGGCGACUGCUAUGCAGCGCAUGGCUCACCCUGAUGGAGAGACGGCGACCGCUAAAGCAUGCCAGGCAAUGGGGACAGGAAUGAUGCUGAGCUCCUGGGCCACCUCCUCCGUUGAAGAAGUUGCUGAAGCAGCUCCUGGAGGCCUUCGCUGGCUGCAGCUUUAUGUGUACAAGGACCGAGAGGUUACCAAGUCCCUAGUGAAGCGUGCAGAGAGAGCAGGUUACAAAGGAAUCUUUGUGACUGUGGACACACCGUUCCUCGGAAGGCGUAUUGAUGAUGUGCGCAAUAAGUUCCAGCUUCCUCCCCACCUCAGGUUAAAAAAUUUUUCAAGCAACAACUUGGCCUUCUCCUCAGGGCAAGACUUUGGGGAAAACAGCGGACUGGCUGUCUAUGUAGCCAACGCAAUUGAUGCAAGUAUCAGUUGGAAGGACAUCAGAUGGCUUCGUCGGCUGACAUCACUGCCCAUUGUUGUAAAAGGAAUCCUAAGAGCUGAUGAUGCUAAAGAAGCUGUGCAGCUUGGGGUAGAUGGUAUACUGGUGUCAAAUCAUGGAGCACGUCAGCUUGAUGGAGUUCCUGCAACGAUUGAUAUCUUGCCUGAAAUUGUUGAGGCUGUGGAGGGGAAGGUGGAGGUGUUCCUAGAUGGUGGCGUAAGAAAAGGCACAGACGUACUCAAAGCAUUAGCUCUGGGUGCCAAAGCUGUAUUCAUCGGCAGGCCUCUCAUCUGGGGCUUGGCUUAUCAAGGUGAAGAAGGAGCAAAAGAAGUUCUCCAGAUGUUGAAGGAAGAGUUUCGACUGGCAAUGGCACUGACAGGAUGCCGGACUGUAAAAGAGAUUGGCAGGACAUUGAUACGAAGACAUGAAGUACUACUUUCCAAGAUUUAGAUCUGAAGAUGAUCCCCUCGCUUGUUGCCUGUUGUACAGAAAGCACACUAGAUAAAAAAACAACGCUGUUUGCUCUUUGGGUCUCAUGCUGCAAUUCUGACUGAAAAGGAGUCUUCUGUAAGCAACUGCUUGUUGAAGAAGUUAUUUGCUUCAAGUUUUACAGCCUAUUCUGCUAGGCUUUUAUGGAAAGCUGCUGUGCUGUUAGUUGUGAUUAGAGAUGAGUCUUUAUGCAAGACCAAGACAGAAACUUGAAGGUGUUUUGCAAUAAACGCUGAUAUUAGCUUUCAAACCUUUUUAGUACUAAAACCAUAAAACCAUAAAAGAACAUGUUCUGAUGGCAAACAGCUAUCAAAAUGUAGAAAAUUAAAAUGUAGAAGGUACUUUUCUCACUGGUUAGAGAAACUACAGUGUAGAUCAGAAAUUAAAUCUUGCUCUAUUAUGAAUAUAAUUUCUUCUCCCUAAUAGUGAUGUGCUGUUCCUUAAUAAGUAUGUGGACUUACAUCAUGUAGGCUGUAGAAACUCAGAGUUCUUAGUUAUAAAGAACUGCACAGCAAAGUGAAAUUGGAGAAGUGACUCAAAGCCCUUUGCAAUCAGACAACCACUGUGCUUGUGAAUCAGACACACAUCAGAUCUUUGGCUUGUGCGAAUCCUGGUAGGUCUAUUGCCUUCACCAGUAUACCCAGCUGGAUCGCUACGUUAUGUUUUUAAACUGGACUCAAUUCUUCACAGUUUUUUAGAUUAUUGGAUAAAUCUGUAGCAUCUUGCAUCAGCACUGCAGAAAGGUUUUUAAAAUCUUGUUCUGGAAUUAUUUUUUUUUAAGCCACCAUUACACUGUUCCACUGUCACUGAUAUCACUGUCUGUACCAUUUGUUUCUCAUCAAUGUCAGGAGAACUUGUGCAUUCUGAUUCUCCCUUUUUGCUUUAUUUGAAAUAUCAUGUAUUGAGUUUUAGAGGCAGUUUUGUCAUAAAUGAUGGAAUAGUACAAUAUGAACUAAAGCAGAGGCUGGAACUCAAAACAGGGAGAAAACCCAAAAGGCCACAUGCUUGCCCUUCAGUUGUAAAAUUUGUUCUCUUAUUUACUGCAGAUUGUAGUGUGUUGUGUAGGGGUUGCAUAGCAACAAAAUAAAGUUUAUCUGUGUAAGGAAA